GUUUGGCGAACCCAGAGGAUUGACAAACUGGUCCUUCCAAGUUUCCCCCUGCAUCCCAUUUGGCCGGAAUAUGUCUCUGACCAACAACACAAAGACCGGCUUUUCUGUAAAGGACAUCUUGGACUUGCCUGACACCAAUGACGAGGAGGGCUCCGUGGCGGAAGGGGGGGACGAAGAGACGGAGGCCUCGGAGCCCCCCAAAAAGCCCGGGGGAGUUUUGGGGACCACCGCCCUCCAGGAGGCCGUCCAGACCCUGCCGCUGAAGAAUCCCUUUUACGACAAUGCCGACAACCCUUACACCCGCUGGCUGGCCACCACCGAGAGCAUCCAGUAUUCCUUGCACGGCUUGGCCUCCAGCAACUCCCAGCAGGACUCGGCCUCCAAGUCCCCCGAGCCUUCGGCCGACGAGUCCCCGGACAACGAGAAGGAGACGUCGAGCAACGGCGGCGACUCCUCCGGGAAGAAGCGCAAGCGGCGGGUGCUCUUCUCCAAGGCGCAGACUUACGAGCUGGAGCGGCGGUUCCGGCAGCAGCGGUACCUCUCGGCGCCGGAGCGGGAGCACCUGGCCAGCCUGAUCCGGCUGACUCCUACCCAGGUCAAGAUCUGGUUCCAGAACCACCGCUACAAGAUGAAGCGGGCCCGGGCCGAGAAAGGUAUGGAAGUGACUCCUCUGCCCUCCCCGCGCCGGGUGGCCGUGCCAGUCUUAGUCAGGGACGGCAAGCCGUGCCACACGCUCAAGGCACAGGACUUGGCGGCCGCCACUUUCCCGGCCGGCCUCCCCUUCUCCGCCUACAGCGCCCAGUCCCUCCAGCACAUGCAGUACAACGCCCAGUACAGCGCCGCCGGCAACCCCCAGUACCCCUCGGCCCACCACUUGGUACAAGCCCAGCAGUGGACUUGGUGAAGGACGGCGCCCCGGAGCCGCCCAGAGACACGCCAAGCACCCACCGACUGACCGACGGAGGUCCCGCCGGGGAGGACAGAGGGGGGCUUG